CUUCUACGAGAUACGUUGUGUGGAAUGGGUGAGUGAGAGAGUCUUCACUUGUCCCAGCUUUGGUGGGAAGACGUGAAUGCAACAAAAGUUUAGUGCCGUAAGUUGUGACAUCUUGGCUAAUGGAGGAAAAGCAAAGCAACUCGACCACAAACUUUACCCCCGAUCCAGGUGGGGCAGAAACAACACAAAAUGGCCCCUGUGACCAAAGCCCUGAGGAAAUUAUCAGCAGACAAAUGAGUGAACCGGGACGAUUUGCCUAUGCCGGACUGUGUGGCGUCUCUCUGGGACAGUUGUUUACUGGUAAAGAAAACAGUGCAUUCCGGGGCCAAUACCUGCAAGGCUUGGUUCGCUGGCUCGACCUGGAUGAGUCUGUGAUGCCUGUUAUGGGUGCCUUCCUGUCAGGCGUGGGCUUUGAGGGCUCGGACACCUUCAUGUCUAUCCUGCAGGCUGAACCUCUGAUGGCUGCAGGCGCCUUCCCCAUUAUACAGGACCUGGUAUCUUUCUCUGUCAAAGAUGGUCACUAUGACGCCAGAGCGAGGGUGAUUAUUCGUCACAUGUGCUGCCUGCUUCGAGUGUCUGUGCGACAGUUGGAAGAGUUUGAGGAAACCCUUGGAGAGAGGCUGAGGGAAGGCGGAGAGGAGACCGAGGAGGAGUGUUUGCGGCGACUAAGGAGAGAAAGAAGACGAAAAUUACGGCGGUAUCUCCUUAUUGGACUAGCAACAGUUGGUGGAGGGACUGUGAUUGGUGUUACUGGCGGGCUGGCAGCCCCCUUGGUGGCAGCAGGAGCCGGUGCUGUGCUCGGGGCCGGAGGGGCUGCAGCUCUGGGUUCAGCCACUGGCAUCGCAAUCAUGGCCUCCCUGUUUGGAGCAGCCGGGGCAGGACUGACCGGUUAUAAGAUGAAUAAGUGUGUGGGGGAAAUAGAGGAGUUUGAAUUCCUGCCACUGAGUUCUGGAAAGCGUCUUCACGUCACUAUAGCAGUGACAGGGUGGCUAUGCAGUGGAAAAUACAGCUCCUUCCAGGCCCCGUGGUGCAGCCUCGGAGAUUGCGGUGAGCAGUACUGCCUGGUGUGGGAGUCACGUUUCCUCAGGGAUCUGGGCUCGGCUAUGACCUCGCUUUUGGACGGACUGGUCAGCAUGGUGGCUCAGGAGGCCCUGAAGUACACCGUGCUCUCAGGUAUUGUGACAGCUCUGACUUGGCCCGCCUCCUUGCUGGCUGCUGCUAGUGUCAUUGACCAUCCCUGGUGUGUGUGCCUGAACCGCUCCGCCGAGGUGGGGAAGCACCUGGCUCAGGUUCUGAGGAGCAGACGGCAGGGGAAGCGGCCUGUCAGUCUGAUUGGUUUCAGUCUCGGGGCCAGAGUCAUCUACUUCUGUCUUCAGGAGCUUGCCAAUGAUCAAGGCAGCGAAGGCGUCGUGGAGGAUGUGGUCCUGCUGGGGGCCCCCGUGGACGGCUCGGAGAAGGCGUGGGAGAGAAUUACACGGGUGGUGGCUGGAAAAAUAGUCAACGGGUACUGCAGAGGGGAUUGGCUCCUGGGAUUCUUGUACAGGAGCUCAGCUGCACAGCUGUGCGUUGCCGGGCUACAGCCAAUCAGCAUCACCGAUCGCCGUGUUAUCAAUGUAGACCUCUCGUCUGUGGUAAAAGGUCACUUAGAUUAUAUGCAUCAAAUGGACACCAUCUUGGUGGCAGUAGGCGUUCCCACCAAGGAGGUCCCCGGAGCCUCCUUUGAACUUCCUCAAACUGUAACCAUUACAGAGGCCACCGUGGACCCUUCUGACCAAACCCGAAAUCUGACACCCGAGUGUGUCGAUGAGGAGACAGCGGCGACAGGCGACGGCUGGGACAUUCCCGAUAUCUCAGACCUGUUGGACUCUCUUCACAGUGAUGAGUCCAGGUGUCCACAUAAAGCCAAGAACAAUAGAGCGCUGUCAUCACAGGAGAGCACUGCUAACUGUGGACCUGCUGCUUUUAAUGAUAGUGAAGAGGCUGAUAAUGACGCUGUGUCAUGGAGCUGGGAUGAUGAUGAUGCACACUGGACUACAGACCACGGGGGGGCAAACGUGUAAGGAGGCUGUAAUUGGACCUAUUUCGUUUUUUUUUUUAGUAUCCAACAUUUGUUGGAGAAGAUAUGAAUUUUAAGAGCCUGGUCUCCUUACAAUUGAGUAGGACUGCAUUUUUAAGGGACUCAAGGAUGAAUGCAGAUCGACAUGCAGGACUCAGGGUGCAAGUGGAACCAAAGAAAAUGGGGGAGACACAACUGCUAUGCCCGUAUAGUUUGUAGACUAAUCAGAAUUCACUACAGUAAACCUCGGAUAUAUUGAAUUCAAUUGUUCCCACUGGUUUUGUCCGAUAUAAGCGAAAUCCGUUAUAUGCGUAUACCGGAAAAUGUUUACGCAUAUAUCGGAUUUAUAUCCAGUAUAUGCGUAAAUCGGAUUUUAUACGUUAUAAAAAGGCACUUCCUUGACUAUGUUUCCAAUGUACCUGGACGCGCAGGCAACGCUGCAAACGCUGCAAAUGACGUCGUAUAGCGACCUGUCACGAUUCGGCGAAUCGGAGCGCCACGAUGCGGCCAUCCGAUAUAUGCGAGGGAAAUUUAAUGGAAAUGCAUUGGAACGGGACUGGAGAUUUUGUCCGAAAUAGACUAAAUCCGUUAUAAAAAAUCCGAUAUAUGCAAUGAAUUUUUAUUGGAAAUGCAUUACAGAAAAAUUGGUUCUUUUUUAUCUGUCCGUUGUGAGCGAAUUUCCGAUAUAUCCGAGUCCGAUAUAUCCGAGGUUUACUGUAUUAAAGUAGGAUUCCUUCUUCAUAAGUGGAAUAUUUUCAUAGUUAGAGCAUAAAAAACUUGUUUCCUGUCUUCUAAAUAACAUUAUUAGAGCCUUCUAGACAUGAAAUAGCACCCCAACAGUCCCCUUUACACUCGUAUCAGUCAAUAUAGUACAAAUAGAAGUAUAAAUAAGACAUAUAAGCUCCCUAGCAGAGCGAUAGGUGAACAGGAAGUGAUGUCAGAGUUGAGUUUCAGUAUGGCACCGGUAACAGCUACAAUAGUAUCAUGUGGGAUUUUUGCUAUGGAUCCUUCAAAUCGGUAAUAAAAGACUGCAAUCAAGUCUGGUGUUUGUGUAUCGCUGUCAUGCGGGCAUGCAUUCUCCAGAUCCUCCAGAGUCUGCUCAUGGCCAGAGAGCACCUGGACUUGGGGUUUGAGGGCAAACUGAACCAUGUCCUGUUCUGCGGGAUCCAUGUGAUCGCUGGAUUAUGUGUGAGCAAUGUGGAUGGCAGUUCAAAACAGUUUUAAUGGAGAAGGACAACCAGAGGGAAAAAAAACAGUAACAGAGGUGCCAAAACGAGGGAGGAACCAUGGACCAAAAUUACAAACAAAGGAUGCUACCGGGGGAGCUGGACGGGCUACUGGGCAAAACAAAAAUGUGUAGCACGGGUACCGAAUAAUCCAGCGCCAGCAAACUGCAGUUGAGAGGACAAUGAAGGGCGCUAAUGAGGAGCAGUGAAGGGAUCCAUUAGCUCCGCCCAGCUCAGGAGUUAGCAUCUGAAAGGUCAACAGAGUGGGUAAGAGUAACACAACAAAACAGCACUGAAUAAUGAACAUAAACCCAUAGGAAUUGACCCGUGGCACCGAACCUCCACCAUAUUACCUGGAAUUGACUUCACAUUUUUUCAUCUAUUUGGUCAGUGACACUUCAGUCCAGUGUGACCACCUGAUUGGGUAGAAGAAGAGGCAGGUUUAUCCCAGCAUGCUCGGCGUCCAACAAAUUCACUGCAUCCGUAGCAGUGACCGGCAACGGCGUCGUGUCCGAAGCCAGCGGUGACUGGGGUUCACUGCAGAUGUUGGGUUCUCCUGAGUUUCGCAGGGACAAUGAUAGCGCCGGUGAGGGUUGCCUGGGUGAACGUAAGGAGGCGGAGCAGGGUAAGAGUUUCCCCAACGCUUGCUUGAAGUCCCUCAUGAAGAGUGGGUAGAUGAUGGGAUUCAUGGUGCUGUUGCAGUAGCCCAGCCACGUGAUGGCGUCGAAGAGCGCCAGGGGGAUGCACUCGCACACUGCCUGAAGGGAUACAGUUAAAUACUGCAUUUUAAAUUCUAAAUGUCUUUGUCAUAUUUAUUUAUUAGUAAUAUUUAUUCUUCUGCUAAGAAUGCGCCACAUGGAUCUCCACUAGAUAUAUCUCCACCUCGCCUGUUGGAGGAGGAGCACUCAUUGUCGGAUACACUUUAUCAGAAGCACAGCUGGUGCCAUGGAGCUUAGAAGAACCGGGACCCAAGGGCACUGCGUCCACCUCGCCUGCCUGAGGAGGAGCACUCAUUGUCGGGCACACUCUAUCAGAAGCACCACUGGUGCCGUGGAGCUUAGGAGAACCGGGACUCGAUGGCGCUGCGUCCACCUCGCUUGCCUGAGGAGGAGCACUCAUUGUCGGACACACUUUAUCAGAAGCACCGCUGGUGCCGUGGAGUUUAGGAGAACCGGCAUUCAAGGGCGCUGCGUCC